AUGUCGGUUGCAGAGGACCAUUGCUUGCUGGUUUGCAAGCCAUUGUUCGAAGAUCCGAUCGAAGCCCAAGUGGCUUUCAGCGAUCUCAAGACUUGGAAGGUGCAGAAGGGACCGGUCGCCACUCUUUGUGGAGGUGACAUGAAGAGCAAGACCAUGCUAAUCGCCGGCCACCCCUUGCUUGAGGAGGAAACGGCGAAGUGCACGGUGCAAGCAACUUUGAUGGAGGCAUUCGCAGCCCAUGCAGUGCCAGCCGACGAGAUCGCCUUCAGCAAGCACCCAACCAAUGUGUACACGUUGAAAUCCGUGAAGAAAGCAAAGGCUUUGAAGUUGUUGCCGUGCGGCAUUGUGAGCAAGGCCAAGGGCGACACCAAAGGGAAGGUUGUUCUCAAGCAUGCUUCUGGUGAAUGGAUCGUCUCACCUUUCAAGGCUUUGUCGGAUUUCGACAACGAGAAGACGGGGUGCUUGAUCCCGUACUUUUGGGUCAAGACCGCCACGGAUGAGGAGAUGGUUUGCAUGGAGCAUGGCGUGUGCACGCUGGUGGCCGCGGACUGCCAGCAGAUGGACAUUGACUCCUCCGAUUACGAGGGGUCUGAGGCCAGUAGCCUCUCUUUGGUUAGCCGGCACGUUAACCGCUUGCAGCUCGAUAUCAACACCUUGAGAGCGCACGUUGCCGCGUGCGAGCGGCGCAUCAGGGCCCUGGAGCAGCAGGCUCCCCCUCCGACGCCUGCGCCGGUUGUGUCCGCCUCUGCUGCUGCUUCCGGUAGCGCAGGGGGUGUGGCGGUAGCAGCUUCAGAGUCAGACUUGUCAAAUCGUCAAGAGAGCAUGGAUGUGACGGCCGCAGCUUCAGAACCAGACUUGUCAAAGCUUCAAGAGACCAUUCGCGAAGCAAUCUUCUCAUGCAGUGAGCCGCAGGUUCUUCAGUUGCCUUGGGAAAUGCCGGGUUUGAAUUUGAUUUUUGGCAAGGGUGCUUUAGAUCAGAUUCUGCCUGCUGAGCCUCCCAAAAUAGUGUUCCCAGUCCCUACAGCGGCAGAUGCUCCGAUUGAGGAACAGGCCAAGGCUGCAAAGAGGGUUAAGACUGCCGCUUUUGGGCAGCCUUGCUUCCGUGGGUGUGUGAACUUCAAGAACGUUCUUUCGGAUGCUGAGCUUGAAGCUGGAGCCUGGCAGAGAUCUCUUGAGAAGUGGCAUUUUCUUUUGACCUUAGAUCCUUCGGUUUCGCUUGUGGGUUCUUCCUUGGCCGGCAUGGGAACUGCUGAUGGCAUGCAGUCCCUACGCGAACUGUUUGGCAGGAAGAAGGUAGCCACUGUGAGUAAGCGUGCGGCAUCCUUGCUUAAGUACGUAAAGUUCAUGCAGGAGUGUCGGCCCUUUUCAGGCCCCUUCCCUUUUUCCACUGAAAAAUGUGAUGAGUAUGUCAGGCACUUGAGGGCUUGUGAUGCCAAAGUCGGAGCUGUUGACGGGUUCACUGAAUCGGUGAGAUUCGCGAUCCACGUUGUAGGAGUUAGUUGCCGCGGGCCUUCCGACAAAAUUUUUAGCCCUUGGUCGAUUGGUCUUAAAGGCCUCAUGCAGUCGCAGAAGGCAGAGCGUGUGAGUGCACUUGUCUUGUCUGUGGAGCAAGUCUCUUUCCUCGAGGCGUGCUUGGGCAACUCAGAGCUUGAUGCCAAGGACCGUUAUGCCUGUGGCGCUUUCUUGUUUUGCAUCUACAGCAGGAGCCGAGUCGGUGAUGUGAAGAAAAUCCACAGGUGUAUAGUGGACACUGUGGACGCAGCUGGGGAAAUUCAGGGUUUUCUUGAAUGUGGUACUCGGGUGCAUAAGUCCGCAAGGCAAGCAGCCGUGCAGGGAGUAUCUAUGCCCUUAGUCGCUCCUGUCUGGGGUGUUGGACCAGAGCCUUGGGGACCCAAGUUCGUGGCAAUCGCUGCUGAAGUUGGUUUAGCGUUCGACUCGGCUCGUGCGGGGCCUCUUCUUCCCGCACCGCUGGAGUCAGGCGAGUGGAGCCAGAGAGCAGUGACCACAGAUGAGGCUGGGCAGUGGCUGCGUGCGCUACUCAGCCGAUGCAACAAAUGCUCCGAUGGUGCGUCAGGGCAUUCGCUUAAGGCUACCACUCUUGAUUGGUGCGGCAAAUAUGGAGUCAGCGAGCAAGCUCAAACCCUUCUUGGUCACCAUGCCCUCAAGGGUUUGUCUAUGUAUGCUUAUAUGCGUGACAAGCUUGCGGCACCGCUGAGAGCUUAUGACGGAAUGCUCCGAAGCAUUCGGCAUGGCCUUUUCAUUCCAGAUGCAACUAGAUCCGGGUUACUCAAAGCUGAAGGUGAGGCUCAUGUCAUGGAGCUCAGCCACGCGCCCAGCCUCAGCACGGCCCCUCCUCACGUGCGUGAUGGUGGGGUUUUCGGAGACGAGACUCCUGUUGGGUCUGAAGGCGAGGCUCAGCACUAUAGCAAGGCUGCAUGGACGCCUGAACGAGAAGCUCAGUCUUUCCUUGAUAAUCAAUUCACGGGUGAAGCUGAGGACGAAGCUGAUGGAGUUGAGAGUCGGGCCCCUGAGCCCGCGCCAAGUUCUUCGUCUUCUUCAUCGUCGAGCGACUCGGACAGUUCUGAUGGGGAGCCCGGGACUGACUGGAUCGAUGCCUUCGAUUCUGGGCUCGGGAAUUCCCUUGAGAAGUCUAACCUCUCUGCGCCUGACAUGGAAUUUUGGAGACAUGAUAAAACUAUGACCAUCCACUCCAUUGCGGUUGGUGCUUCUGGAGAUGUGUUCACUUGUGGUCGUAAGAGAACAGGUUGGAGACUCGUCUCUGUGUCAAUUGCAAGAAGAGCAAACCUUUGA